AAUUCAUUCGCUGAGAUUUUACAAAUAUAUUAUUCCUAUUUAAUGUCUGUGCUGUUUAGUUAUUACACUUUUGUUUGAACUUUAAUAGUUGUGAUUAGUUAAAAGUUGUGGGUUGCUAAUGUUACACUCUCAAUCUAAGUAUCCAUUUUGUGGACAAAAAUCACCCUCGCAAUAGAAUGUUCUAAGGCCCGCUUCAGCUAUUUUUGAUUGGGUGUUCAACCAAUUUCUAUGAUACAACUCGAAGCACUACCAAAGACACAACAAAAUCAUCUUCAAUGGGAUGAAAGUAUUUUGAACAAAAUUAAAUCUAGUGUUGAUGGUUUAUUUGAGUUGAAAAUUAAAUUUUUGAAUGAAUGGGCUGAUAAAUUUGGUAUGUUAGACGAUUCAGCAAGUGAAGUUUGGAUGAAAGCUGAUAAUAUUCAUUCAAUGAUUAUGGAGUCUUGCGAACUGAAUAAAAAUAAGAAUGAAAUAAUGCAAUCAAAAUUCGAAGACACAGUAUCCAUAUUGAAAGAAUAUGAGUCAGCUUUUAUGCAUGCACCUGUACUAGACAAGGCAGAAUUCUGUUAUCAGUACGGUAAAGUGAGUUUGUGUCGUAAAUGAUGUGAUAAUGUUCUUUCAAUGAUGACAAUCUAUUCUAUAAAACUCAUAAAAUCGUUAUAUCGAGGCAAUCCACACAUACAUAUGUGACCACGUAGAUUGGUCUAAAUUCAGUCCUGAAUAUCGGCAACGGGAUAAUUUAAACCCUUAGUAAUAAUGACAUUAAAAUCAUACCCGUUGAACAAGUUGGUUGUUGUUUUGGUUCACUAGCUCAAUGGAUAACGUGUUAGGCGUUUAAAUUGAAAGAUGUUGGGUUUGAGUCCCCACGUAAAUAUUGACACUGGGAUAUGGCUGGUACAUUCAGCUAUGAUGAUUCCAUAUCAGAUAAAACACGCGUCUUUAAUCCCACCGCUAACCACAAUUCAUCUAUUCUAUGAAGCUAGAUAGGAUAAAUAAAAUAUAAGUGCACACGUUUAUUGGAUUUAAUAAAAAAAGGCGAAGGAAGGGCAAUGCCAUCAAAAGAAGUAUUGACUAUAACCUAAAGUAACAUACUGAGGAUUGUGUCAAGCAUUCUUAAAUAUAUGUGCACUAAACUCACGGAAGUGUCAGGUUAAUUAUUCCAUAUAUAUAUGGUUAUGCGAAUGAAUCUAUUUUUCUUAUAAGGAAAACUGUAAAACUUCCGGUAUCAAUUGUGAAGGUUUUUAUUUCUUGUACUCACUUAAUAACUAUAUUAAAUGCCAUACUCGUUGAAUGUAUUGUUGGUGAUAGUGACUUAGCACACGUAGUACACAGUACUCUAGUGUUGGAAACUACUAGCUUUAAAGUCAUACUAUGAGUAGGGCCACAGACGAAAAUCCAUUUAACUGAUUAAUUCUAUAUGGGAUUAAAUAGAUAAAUUAGAUUCUCAAAUUAUAUUAAAAUUGGGGUUACUUUAAUUAAAUUCGGAUAGUAGCUUUCGUUAAAAUCCAGGAAAUGUGUUUUAUCCUGUUUGAAACUCAUCACGCCUGGAUACACAUGCGUUUUAGUGUGGUUGGUGUUUACACUUAGACUAGAACCAAGUGCCUUUCUCUUUAAAUCCCCAGUCAUUAUUCACUGAUAUACCAAAGGCAGAUAGCUACUAGCUUGUGCAAAUGAUGGGGUUCAUUUGUAACUAUUUAUGUUUCACCGUCGUUGAUCGGAUGAUUCAUUCUACCACUAGUAACUAUUCAAUUUCAAUAAAAAUUUGUCAGUACAUGGCAAUAUCGAGGCGAUCUGUUCAGAAUACUCUUCUGCCAAUAAUGAUAAUUAAAUCGUUCACCAGGUACUGCUCAACCGUAACUGUUAUCUGAACAUAAGAUGCUUCUCUUGGGAAACCAGCAUCUGCAAUGAUGCUGCCUUUCGAAAACGGAGGGAAUAAAUCAGAAAAGGUCGACCCUAAGGAUAUUACAACUCAUCCUACCCCACAGAUUUCCGUCACCCCCGGUAGUGAAGUGCGGAGCUAAGACAUCAAAAAAUUUCCACGACCGCCUUCAAGCAGUUAUGCCUUGAAUUCUGUAGUCAUGCACUGAAGUUCAUUGGAUUAAUUAGUUUGAUUUUGUUCGUCACUGUAAAUGUGCUAUAAAAAUUUAAUUGCCUGUGUGUGUACUGAUCGUAUACAGAACUAAUUGUUCUGAUUAAAACAACAUUGCUUUUUUUAUUAAGCUGAUAAAUUUGAAUGUAAAGUUUUCUUACUAAUAUGUAGUUUUGAUAGAACACUGAGAAGACGGAGUUGAUCUGAUCUCAUUGUUCUAUCAAAAUGUAUACAAUGGACUAAUUUAUUUAACAGGUAGUUGUUCUAAUCAGUGGUUACAGUAAUGACAGUUCUUACUCACUAGAUUUAAAGACCUUUUGCCUUAGAGACUGCUGAAAUUGAAGAUAAUUAUUCAUUCAGUCAGUCACUUGUUAGCAACGUAGAACCUAGGACAUAUUUGUCAGUCCAAGUUAUCAGAGCAUUUCAGCACAAUAAGAGAUGGUAAUAUCAAUAUUAUUACCAAAUUGGUGGAAGUAGGUAUGAUAUCAGUAAUAGUAAAACCAACUGGAUAUAGUUCACAAAAAAUGAAUCCAUGGAAUGCUAAUUAUAAAGUAACUUUAAAACUCAAAAAUCUAAUGAAAGACAAACAAUGAAUGGAUCUAUGCCAUUGUAACUGAUUCUGAGACAUUUUCUCCAAUAUCUCCAAAUAUUGUUAGUCUGGACCUAUCGACAAUGCUCAGAAUAACAACCAAUCACUUCAUAGACUGUUGUCAAGUUUUGAUUUGACCGUUUCUAGUCUUCUUUCGAAUUAGUACUCCUCUGCUCCUACUAACAUCGGUCGUUGAGGUGUUUAUGCGGCAGUUGGUGAUACGUAAUACACAGUUUCUCUACCUUAAUCUAUGAGUAUUUACAACCUCAGUCGACAGUAUAUGUCACGAAUUAAGUCCAACUUGACAAUCUCCGUUUCACCUGUUGCACCAUUGUGAACGAUUUUGGGCUAUGUUUUCUAGAGCAUCUAAUUAUGGGUCGUGACAAUCCCAUGCAUCCUAGCCAAGUAGUUUGCAUUUAUCUACAUGUCUCAGUCCAACAGUCGCUGUCUUUAUGGACUGAUGCAACACCUUGACUCGGCUUACUCCUAGCUUUCUUCCAGAUGACAUCGUCUGUUAAGGUAGGCGGUGGUUGGUUACUUCAUGAUUUCGUCUUUUCUUGUGUUAGUAUGUAGAUUAUGACAAGAACAUUUACUUUCUUUCUUUUCAGGUUUCACACCGAUUAAAAUUGAAAUAAUCAUUGAUAACUUUCCGCUUUCAAUGCAAUUGAUUCAGAUUUGUAUGCUAGUAGCAGUAGUAGCCUUCAUGAUAUGACUGGUCAUGAUGAUGAUAAUGAUAAUGAUUUCACAACUCCAGCAGUUCAUUGGUUAACUAAAGCAUUAAAAUUUAAUCCACAACAUAUAGAAGCAUGGUGUGAAUUAGGUGAUUCAUGUUGGCGACAAGGUGAUCCUUGCCAAGCUGCAGAUCAUUUUAGACAAGCAUUAAAAAUAGACCCAAAACAUGUAAAGGCACUUUGUAAUUUGUCAAUGGUAUUACGUCAGCCACCUAAUACUACUACUAAUAUUAGCGAGAAUAUCGAUAAUAUAUCAUCAUAUGAAUCUGAUAAAAGUAAAUCUCUAUCCUCCUCCUCCCCAUCAUCAUCAUCAUCAUCGUCAGAUACAUCGAUGAAAUGUUCCAUUUUUCAUCAAUCUGUUAAUUUAGCUCAUAAAGCAGUUAGUCAACAGCCUACAAAUGGUUAUGCAUGGUCUGUAUUAGGCAAUGCAUUACUUACUUUAUUUUUUAAAAGUUUUAGUUCAACUACUACAUCAACUAUUGUUUCAUCAUCUGAUCAAAAUUCAUCAAUCAAUAAAUCUCCACUAAUCUCAUCAUCACCACAACUUAUUAUGACACGAUGCAUUGCUGCAUAUGCACAAGCCGUCAAAGAUCGUUCAAUUGCAUUAGAGCCGAAUUUUCAUUACAAUCGUGGUUUAGCUUGGCAUUAUCAGGAUUUAUUUGGACAAACAUUGAAAUGUUGGCUGCAGGCUCUUUGCUUAGAUCCAGAAUGGCCUGCUCCACAAUAUGGUAUUAAACGUAUUAUUAAAUUUAUCAUGGAAUGGCAUAAAUUAAUGAAACAAUUCCACAAAAAACAAUCAAUUCAUGUUCACUCUACAGAAAUCGAGUCAAAUCAAAUAGAAUCAUCAUUUGGCACAUUAAAGACAAGUCCCAUUAAUCACGAAUCAUCAGUUGAUUCACAGCAAAUGAUUAAUGAAGAUGAGUUUAUUUCACCGCUUAGUCCGUUGAAGAAAUUGAUAGUAACAACUGUGCUUGAAAGUAGCAAUACAAUGAAUCCGGAUUCAUUUACCAGUAAUAUUAAUAGUAAUACUAAAGUUGUCCUCGAUCAAUCAGAUAUAAGUCAAAACGCAUCAUCAUUAAAUCCCAAAGAGAUAUCAGCAUUAAAUCGUCUACUAGGACCUUAUUGUCCAUUUUCUGACAAUGAUAAAAAUAAAUCUGGAUCAAAUUUCCAAACGAAACGGAGUAUUAGUGGUAGUAAGAAGAAAAAACAAUUGAAAGCUUCUAAAUAUAGUAGUAACAACAAUAAUAAUAACGACACUUUAACCAAUUCACCAAAGACUAAUGACAAUCCGUUAAAUUCAUUGGCUAAUUCACAUUGUUUACAGUUCACUCCAUUCAAUAAUUUACAAGUAGGAUUAAAUAAGAACACCGUAUGCAUUGGACGUGUAUUUGCUGAAUUACCUAAUGAUUCUGAUUUAGCAUUAAAUUUACUUUUAAUCGAUCCAUAUGGUACCCCAUUUGGUGUACGAUUGUAUAAUGUUGGAAAGGGUGUUGGACCAACUCGGAAAGAUAUCAUUGCUAUACCUCACCCAUUUGUUGAAGAAAUUUUAAUAGAAGGCUUCGUAUUACAUGCAUGUUUAAAUGCAUUGUCAAUUAUAGACAAUCAAUAUCUAUCUGAUAUGAUAGAGAAAUUUUCAUACCUUCGUACAUCUACAGCAACUACUACUACUACUACUACUACUGGCAACUUAGUAAGUAGUAAUGGUAGUAGCAGUGCUAACUGUACAAAAUCUGAAUCAAAUACUCAAUCUUCUAAUGAUGAAACUACUAUUAAUCUACCUAAUCAAUUAAUGAAUCUUCAUAUGCGCGUUAUACGUGUUCCAUUGCCAAAUUUUCUUGUAGUUAAUGGUCAAACAGUUGGAUCUAGUUGGACAGCUGUACCCGUUUUAAAAAAUAUUUUUUUUGCCUGACUAAGAUUAAUAGUUUGUAUCAGUCUUGUUUAUCACUGAUUACUUUUCUGGAUUUAUUACGUAACUGUGUUGGGUUUUUUUGUUGUGUAUAUGUGUGUGAUUUUGUCAAAUCUUUCAUGAGCUGACUAGUGUGAAUGUGUGUGUACACACUAAUAUAUAUAGUAGAUUGGUGACAGCUCUAAACUUAAAUUUUCCGUUCCUAUGUACUCAUAAGUGUAAUAUAUAUAAAUACAUGCUACUUGAAAUAAACCAUGUUUACUUCCACA